AUGUACAACUACACUCAAGCAUCUGAUGCUGCUCAAAGCUUCCUUGCGGGAUAUCGAGCCAAUUUCAAUGUUGUUCCCAUCAAAGCCAACAGGGAAGGCCUCCAGAUGAUCCAUGAUACAUUUUUGCACAAUGUUCAACAAGAACUUGGAUCCGUGCAUGGCUUAAUCGCUUCUCUUGCCUUCAUCCCUGUGACCAAGAAGUUCCUGACUGCUUCAAGACUCAAUGGAGCAGAUCCGAUGGAUAUGUCUGAUUUCAUGAAGAAGCUCAACGCAGAUGUUAGUGCCAACUUGAGCACACUUCACAAUGUGAUGUCACCAUUUUUGUACCUCAACUACGCCAACCAGGAACAGCAUGUCUUUGAAGGCUACCCCGAGGCAAAUGUCAAGAAGAUGCAGUCAAUUCGCGACAAGUAUGACCCAAACAUGGUUUUCACAGAGCUGAUCUCUGGUGGCUGGAAGGUUGCGAAGGCUUUUACUGGUGGAAAUGAGGCCUGA